GGCCCGCCCCUGCCCCUUACUCCGGACCCCUGGCGGUGGGCCGACUAGAAGCACCUGCACCUCACCGGGUCCAGCCGACACCUCCGAGCAAGAAAGCGCCAUGGCAGCUCCAGCUAAGGCCGAGAACCUGUCCCUGGUGGUGCACGGACCUGGGGACCUUCGCCUGGAGAACUACCCAAUCCCUGAGCCAGGCCCAAAUGAGGUGAUCCUGAAGAUGCACUCUGUGGGGAUCUGCGGGUCAGAUGUCCACUACUGGCAGCAUGGCCGCAUUGCGGAUUUUGUUGUGAAGAAACCAAUGGUGCUCGGGCAUGAAGCUGCUGGAACAGUCACAAAAGUCGGAGAGAGGGUGAAACACCUCAAACCAGGUGAUCGGGUUGCCAUCGAGCCCGGUGUUCCCCGAGAAACAGAUGAAUUCUGCAAGAUUGGCCGAUACAAUCUGACCCCGUCCAUCUUCUUCUGUGCCACACCCCCAGAUGAUGGGAACCUGUGUCGGUACUACAAGCACAGUGCUGACUUCUGCUACAAGCUUCCUGACAAUGUCACCUUUGAGGAAGGGGCCCUGAUUGAGCCUCUCUCUGUGGGGAUCUAUGCCUGCCGUCGAGGUUCAGUUUCUCUGGGGAAAAAGGUCCUUGUGUGUGGAGCUGGGACAAUUGGGAUAGUCACUUUGCUUGUGGCCAAAGCAAUGGGAGCUGCUCAAGUGUUGGUGACUGACCUAUCUUCCUCUCGGUUGGCCAAAGCCAAGGAAGUUGGAGCUGAUUUCACCCUCCAGGUUACCAAAGAGUCUCCUCAGGAAAUUGCCAAUAAAGUGGAAAGCAUGCUAGGGAGCAAACCGGAAGUCACUAUUGAAUGCACAGGAGCGGAAUCCUCCAUCCAGACGGGCAUCUAUGCCACUCACUCUGGUGGGACCUUGGUGAUUGUGGGAAUGGGCUCUGAGAUGGUCAAUUUACCCCUAAUGCACGCAGCCAUACGGGAAGUGGAUAUCAAGGGCGUGUUUCGGUACUGCAACACGUGGCCAAUGGCGAUUUCCAUGCUUGCAUCGAAGACGUUGAAUGUAAAGCCUUUAGUUACCCAUAGAUUUCCUCUGGAGAAGGCUGUAGAAGCCUUUGAAACAACCAAAAAGGGAGUGGGGCUGAAAGUUAUGAUCAAGUGUGACCCCAAUGACCAGAACCCCUAAAAUGAAUUUAUUGGUGUCCUCAACCCACCCUCUCAGAAUCUAAGGGCUAAAUGGCUAGGAAGCGGGGGUGCUUGAUUCAGAACUAAUCUUUGAAUGGUAGAAAUAAUUAACUCAUAAUAAACAGAGAGCCUAGGGGAGUCAGUGUGCCUUAAAGACAAAAGUAGUGAUACUUCGGGGGACUUGUAGGCUAGGGGGUGGAGCUGACUUAGGAAGAAUGGAUUUUAAGAUGGAAAUGGCCCCAUAGCUGAUCUUCAAUCUCAAUGAUUGACUGUCAUCUGUUGAGUUCAGAGAACGGUGUUUGUCAAGCCAAGUGUCAUUUGGUUUGAUGAUAAAAGAAUAAGAAAAGGAAUUUGCCUUCUGGAUAAAAACUAAUCAAAAGAAUGAAACAAAUUCCAUAUGAGCUGCACUGGCUUACAUACCAAGAGCACUCACCUCUGCCCAAGGACCUCCUCUUCCUCAAUGCCUGAGAAUUCUGUCAUUACAUUUGUAAAGUGGAGGACCACCUUCCAACACUGCUCAUUCACAGCAAGGAGCAGUGCCAGUUGCUAUGCAACCAGGAGACGUCUGCCUAGAGAUUUUAAAUUCUGCCUAAUUAGUACAGAGGCUUGGGUCCCUUACUGGGGAUUAGAAUUCCCUCCCAGGUGACUAUUACCCCCAUUCCACUCAGUUUGGGCUUUCUGAAAAUGUUCCCCUUCUCAUAACUGUGUAAGGCUGGUGGUAGCUGUUGGGUGGGCACCACAGAACUUUUCAUCCUAGGCCUUUUCUGUGUAAUAUUUGGGUCCAGUCACUCCCUUUGUGAUCCUAAACUAAUUCAGAUGAGCACACAGAAACUGUGAUGUAGCUUGGGCUGCGGACUUUAUCCCACCUCUUUGGCUGUGGGUAGAGAACGGCUGAAAAUCUUCUGAAGAUUUCUCAGACUGCUUUGCAAAAUAAAUUCUGUCUCUGG